GACGGAAAGGUCGCCUGCGACGUCGUCGUCAGCAGCCAGGGAGGAGGAGGAAGAGGGGGAGAGAGAGCGGAAGGUCAGGGCGCUGCGGAGCGGAAGUGGGAGCCGGAGCGCGUCCGCCAUUGUGGGAAAGCGAAGCCCGGAGAGAAGAAGGGAGAGAGGGAGGGAAGCCAGCGUCCAGCGGGUUGCUUUCCGAGGCGAAGGAGGAGGUGGGCCGGGCUGCGGAGACAAUCAGGCGGCGGCGGAGGAGGUGGAGAGAGUGGUGGAAAAAGCGGCGCCUGGAGGGAAGCGAGACUGAGGAGCAGGCCCGAGCGGAGCGGUGGGGGUGAGGGGGAUUGCGCGCCCCGUGAAGAAUGUCAGCCACCAGCGUCGACCAGAGACCUAAAGGACAGGGAAAUAAAGUUUCAGUGCAAAACGGUUCGAUUCAUCAAAAGGAUGCAGUAAAUGAUGAUGAUUUUGAGCCAUAUCUAAGUAGUCAGACAAAUCAGAGUAAUAGCUAUCCACCAAUGUCAGACCCAUAUAUGCCUAGUUAUUAUGCUCCAUCCAUUGGAUUUCCAUACUCUCUGGGUGAAGCAGCAUGGUCCACAGCAGGAGAUCCUCCAAUGCCAUACUUGACAACAUAUGGACAGAUGAGCAAUGGUGAACACCACUACAUCCCUGAUGGUGUAUUUAGUCAACCUGGGGCUCUAGGAAACACUCCUCCAUUUCUUGGUCAGCAUGGAUUUAAUUUUUUUCCUGGGAAUGCAGAUUUCUCAACAUGGGGAACAAGUGGAUCUCAGGGGCAAUCAACUCAAAGCUCUGCUUAUAGCAGCAGCUAUGGCUACCCACCUAGCUCUCUUGGGAGAGCUAUAGCUGAUGGACAGGCUGGAUUUGGCAAUGAUACUUUGAGCAAGGUACCUGGUAUUAGCAGCAUUGAGCAAGGCAUGACUGGACUGAAAAUUGGAGGGGAUAUGACAGUUGCUGUAACAAAAACAGUUGGCUCAGCUCUUAGCAGUACAGGUAUGACAAGCAUUGCGGCAAACAGUGUUCCUGUGGUUAGCAGUUCAGCACCUAAACCAACCUCAUGGGCUGCCAUUGCUCGAAAGCCAGCUAAGCCUCAGCCAAAACUUAAGCCUAAAGGCAAUGUGGGAAUUGGGGGGCCUGCUGUUCCACCACCUCCUAUAAAACACAACAUGAAUAUUGGAACUUGGGAUGACAAAGGGUCUAUGGUCAAAGCUCCCCCAACCCAACCAGUACUGCCUCCUCAGACAAUAAUUCAGCAGCCUCAGCCAUUAAUCCAGCCACCUCCGAUGGUGCAAAGCCAACUGCCUCAGCCACAGCCUCAGCCACAGCAGCCACAAGGACCUCAGCAACAGGCUCCGCCUCAUCAACUGCAACAGCAACAGCAGCAACAACUGCAAAACCGCUGGGUGGCUCCUCGCAAUAGGGGUGUAGGCUUCAAUCAGAGCAAUGGAGCUGGCAAUGAAAACUAUGGUAUAGGUGUUAUGCCAGUUAGCUCUUCGCCUUCUGGUAUAGAAGUGCACCCAGUAUUGGAGAAACUAAAGGCCAUAAAUAAUUAUAAUCCCAAAGACUUUGAUUGGAACCUGAAGAAUGGGCGUGUGUUUAUAAUCAAAAGUUAUUCAGAGGACGAUAUACAUCGUUCCAUUAAGUAUUCUAUCUGGUGUAGUACAGAACACGGUAAUAAGCGCUUGGAUGCUGCAUACCGUUCACUGAAUGGAAAAGGCCCACUCUAUUUACUUUUCAGUGUGAAUGGCAGUGGACACUUUUGUGGAGUGGCUGAGAUGAAGUCUGUGGUGGACUACAAUGCGUAUGCUGGAGUCUGGUCUCAGGAUAAAUGGAAGGGGAAGUUUGAUGUUAAAUGGAUCUUUGUUAAAGACGUUCCGAACAACCAGCUGCGGCACAUUCGCUUGGAAAACAAUGACAACAAACCAGUUACCAAUUCAAGGGACACUCAAGAAGUCCCCCUAGAAAAAGCCAAGCAAGUGCUUAAAAUAAUUGCUACUUUCAAGCAUACCACCUCAAUCUUUGAUGACUUUGCACAUUAUGAAAAGCGUCAAGAAGAGGAGGAAGCCAUGCGUAGGAAAUAUUGUUUUGGAUCCAACCAACUGGUGGGAUAGAGUGGGGGUGGGGGAGAGAAAUAGAAACAAACAAUAACUAUAUGGAGAUGGUCCUGCUAGAAUUACAACACUAAUGAUGUAGACUCUGGAAAUGCCUAAUAUGUCUAAGAAGACGUUAUUAAAGCUUUGUUCCUGCUUAAGGUGACAUCUUUGAACACUUUAACACAAAAUUGACUCUUCUUGUAAUGGUUCUCAUCAGUGCAUCUGCCCUUAUACUCUCUCACCAAACACACUUGAGAACUGUAAUUUUGUCAAGCACUUUCUGUCCUGAAGCUUUUACCAGUAUCUGCUGUCUUUUGUAAUUAUGCAUCCUAGCUAAGGCACAGGAGAUGGAACGAAUGCAAGGAUUCAUUAACUCUUUGAAUUUGUUAAAUACUAACAAUUAACCAUCAUAAGUGGUUCAAUGAUGUGAGAUUCACAUUGCUUCAACUUAUUUUUCUUUGAUGUAGUUUUUUAAUUGUCAGUUUUUAGCUAUUCAGCAGAAUUUAAAGCAAAAUCAUGCCAUAUUUAGUCCUGGAGUAAAACUCAAGUCUAAAUGUUCAUGUGAAAAUUAUUGUAGUAAACUUUUAAUAUGGCAAGGCAACUCUGAGCUACAGUUUAGCCAAAUGAAUGAUAACAUGAAAUUAUAUUAGAAUGACAUUUUCCCUUGUUUCAAACUGUUUGGUGUAGAGAAUAUUAAUAUAUGCAGCUUGGUGGGCCACACCAGUUAAUGCACAUUUCCUUAUUCUUUUCUGUAACAUGUAUACCGAAAAAAGUGCAUUUGUCUGAGGAACUGUUUGUUUGCUACCACUCAGUCUCAGUUUUGAGUACAUGUACCUCAGUCUAAAUCAGACUUUUUAUGACCUUUAUAACUACACGUAAAAUCUUUAAUUCCUAUUUCUGGGUGUUUGCAAGCCUGAAAAGAUUGCUAUCAUGGAAGUGAAAAUUUACUCCUCUAGGUGAUUCACUAGCUAAAUAAACAUAACUCUUGUUUUAGCAAGCAUAUACUCAAUUUCUCAGAUUUUGUUUGUUCCCAGCUCUGAAUAUAAAAGUCUGGUAUCCUUUCAAUUCAAAAUACUUUGGGAAAUAAACGUUUAUCCAUGGUUUCAGUUUGUAUGCUUUCAUGGCUGUGUUUACAUGUUAUCUGUUAGUACUAUAUAAUAAAAGCCUAGGUACCAUA